AUUAGACGUCUCCGUCUAGAUUUUCCAGUUUUUAAGUGCUACCAACGUACGGUAGGACGUCGCGUAUACGAAAAUUGACGAUCCGAUGGCAGGAGAAGCAAUUAUUACACAAAACUAACCCGCGCUUGUCUAAAUAAAAAUGUCGGGCGGACCAGGCCCGCCACCAGUACCGGGCAACCAUCGGAGCGGCACACCGGUCGGUUGGUCUCCUCUUCACUUUCGUCCUACCUCCCCUUACGCCCCGUCGCCGCCACCUCGAAUGAGUAGCCCGGCCGCUAAUAUGUUCGGCACUCGGUUGCCGUACGGGAUGCCGUGUCCGAGACCGAGAUGGCCAACAGCAUUAUCGCCUGUUCCGGUACCGCCACCGCAUGCUUUUUCGCCACCUCCACCAGGGCCACCUCCUGGACCUAAGCCAUUUAGACGUCCAAUGCAUCCACCUUCCCCAGCUCCAACCAGGUGCGCUUCCCCAUUAGACUCUCCAUAUUUUAAGGGGAUCCAGCCUUAUUCACCGGAUCAUUUUAGUGGGAUCCAAUCUUACUCCCCUGAUCAUUUUAGGAGCGGACCUCAAUCCUAUUCUACCACUCCUGAUUAUUCCUUCGGACCACCAAAUCGCGAUUUCGAAUAUGUUGGUGUACCCCUCGAGCCCCCGCCAUUACCACACAAUUAUGAUCCCGAAGAGGAUGAAGAAUCUGGACCAACAACUGCCGAAAUCAUCGCUAAUCAAUCACAGGAUUACAUUGACGAAAAAUUGGCGGAAUAUCAAGCUACCAUAUACUUAUUGCAAGGUAAGCAUAUUAAUCUUCUACUGCCAAGAAAUGAUAAGGUAAGCUUAAAACGUUUAUAGAGACGCAGCAUUCAUUUUAAUGGGAGAUAUAAAUCGCGUUAUUAAUUUUAUUAAUAAAUUAUAGUUAAAAAACGAUUUGAUAGUUAAUCAAGCUAAAAAGUCGCGAGCAAUUUAAGAAUAUGAAUAAAAUAGCUGACGAGAAAAUUAAUGUCAAUAUUUUGAUGUAUUCAAUUUGUAGUAGUCCUUGGGCCGAAGCGACAAAUUUCUUAUUUAUGAUCACACCGUUGAAACUUUUUGUAGGUAUAUGUUAUUUGGUUGGCGCAUUAUAGUAGUGGUAAGUUUUAAGAUUUAAAAAAAUUAUAAAAAUUAUAACCACAUUGGAAAUAUUAUUAAUCAAUAGUUUUUAUCAUAUAAUUAGUGACAAAAAAUUGUCGGUAAAAAAUAAUGGGUCACUUGAAGAGUCGGCCAAUUAUGUCAGAUUUAUGAAAUAAACAUUUAUUACCAAGAGAAUCUGCCAUAAAAAAAUUUUGCUAUAACUUGAUAACCUUGUCGGACAACUUUUACGAGACAUGUGAGCAGUCGGAUGCACUAAAAUUGUCAAAUGUUUUAUUCAUAACCCUUUCAUACUAACAGGUGCCAGUGGCAGUUAGCUAUAACUUUUUUUUAUAAUUCUUGGCUGUCGGCUCCCUCUCCCCCCAACACAGAUAUCUGGAUCUGCCCCUGGAUUGAAUGAGAUAAUUUUAUUAUUAUAGUUAAGUAAUAGAGUUAAGUAAUCCAAAACAACCCUUUUCAAAGCGGCGCAUCAUCAUCAAUUACUUAUUUAUUAUUAUGAACUCUAACCUCAUUAAGUCUGUCAGAUUGGUGUAACUAAUUGUAACUUUAAAUCAUUAAAUCCUCAGUUUGCUAAAUUAAUUGUUUUUAAAAAGCAAGUUGGUGAAUUGAUUUAUUUGAUUAUAGUAUGACGAAUUAACACUGAUCUUGUAGACUAAACUAACUUAAUCGUUAAUGGGAGUUUAGGAGAGCUGCUACUCAAGUUUCGACAUAUGGCAACACUGAUAUGAAUAUGUCAAAUUUGACAAUGACAUUUUUAAUGGUAAACGUAUUGUCAUACGAGUGCUAUUUGAGUUGUUUAUAGACACUUACAGACAUUCACAAAUUGAAAUUAAAACGCGAACUUUUUCGUGCGAUAAUUUUAUAUGACUGUAGACGAGGAUUAAAGCAACCGCAGUCUAUUGAUCAACUCGUUUCGACUUUUGCUGAUUAAACACCAUCACAAGUCACCGAAUUCAAUCGUUGUCGCACUUCAUUGCAAUCGGUGAAUGUGCCAGAAAACAUCGAUGAUGUGCGUAAAUUGUUGGGCAUUAGUUGUUCGCACACUAAGCACUUCGAAGCAAAUGGUCGUCUGUUUUUUAAGAAUAACUGAACAUGUCGCCACGGUUCCAUUAGAGCAACGUAGAACGGUCAGUUCUGAAUGGUACACCAGCAUUUUUGUGCCAGAAGUGUUCGAAAAAAAAUUACUAAGACAAUUCGAGAUCUCACACAUCAGUUCAAACAAAAAGUUUUUGAACGGUCAAAACAUCGAAUUGAUAAGUCAUCUGCCAUACAGACCUCGUGUUUGAUACCCAAUCAUUUCUUCUUAUUCCCAAAGAUCAAAAUAAAUUGCGAUGAUUUUCUACACCUGAAGACGCGAUUGAUGCGUUCACAUUACAUGUUUUGAAGGUAUCUCAAUAUUCAAUUAUUAAUAUUUGUUUUGAUUUGUCUAUCCAACAUAUACCUACAUAAUUUGUUGUAACGAAUUUUUCUUUGUUAGUUCUUGAACGAUAGCCUUUCGUUUAAAAAAAUUUCUACAUGUCUGUGAAGAAUUUGUAAGAUAUCUUUGAGGGCACACAUUUUUUCCCCAAACAUAAAUAAAUUUGGUUACUUAAAUAAUUUAUAUUACAAGAGCUCCUGCUUCGAAAAAUAAUCACUUAUAUUUACAUAUCUCGAAUAAACAGUGAAAACAUAUAUGCAUUGGAAACAAUUUCUUUUGUUUUUAUACAGAGUGUACCAUAUUACAUUUUUCGAUGUUUCGUUGUUAUUUCAACGGAUAUCACAAAAUGUUGUAGACUGGUAGAGAUUUCCAGCCAGUAAGUCAGCAUACAAAAGAACAUUUGAAAAACUAAUGGAUCGUACAACAGCAUUUAAUAUUACAAUACGGCAAUGAAAAUAAUAAAAAAGAAGGAAAAUUGAAGUACUGGGUUUUCAAGAGCAUUCAAAUAUAAGUAUGAGAAAUAUGUAUUGAAAAAAAUUAAGUGCAUAUUGACUAUUUCCGACUACAAGAAGAGUUACUUUACCGUGAUUUUCAAAAAGUAAGAAUAGGUUCAAUUCAAAUUUAAUCAUCAGUGAAAUUUUUUUGUUUCGCGCUUUUUGCAGAUAUGGUUAAUCUUCAAAUAAUUAAAUAUUUUUUUAUAACUUUUAACCAAUCAACUCAAUUCAUUAUAUCUCAGACAAUGGCCAAUUAAUAAAUGGAAUGGAAAAAAUGCUGAUAAAAAUAACGGUGCUUCAAAAGACGUCUAUAAAAUCGCGACCAGCGACGAAUCACGUAUCUAUGGAUAUAAACCCGAAACUAAACAGCAAUUGAUAGUAUGAGUGUAUCAAGAAGAGCCAAAUGCAACAAAUCUCGCUCGAAGCACUUUGAAGCAAAUGGUCGCUUGGACAUAUCGCACCGUUCUGUGAAAGCAACGUAGGACGGUCAAUUCUGGAUGGUGCACAGAAGUGUUUGAAAAAAUCAGAGAAACCAGUUGGUAACUAUCCGAGCAGUGUGUGCAUUAUCAUGCAAAAAUGUUGCGUCGUCUUCAAGAAUAAACAUCAAUGAUACAUGAUGGUCUUCUACUUGUGUGCAGUUAACAUCCCGUUCUUAAUUAAGACUAACUCCAUGUGAACGUCGAUUGAUAUGCCACCCAUAUCAUAACUGAUUUUCACAAAAUAUAAGUUCUGGAUAAUACACGCUUGAGCAUAUAUUUCGCCUUGUCGCUACACUUUCACAUAUCUAUUUCAAUAUGUAAAACAGAAUCGCGAGUUAUCAGAAAGAAUACUCGACUCCAAUCCACUAUUUUCCAAACAUAGCCAAAAAUUUACCCUGGUAAUCCAGUGUUCACGAGAAAGCGGCGAUCCAAUAGCUUUAG